AUGCCGUCCUCCAGAACCACCGUCUCGCUGGCACAGUAUCUGUUCACCCGCAUCAAGGAAGUUGGCAUCCGGUCCGUCCAUGGCGUGCCCGGCGACUACAAUCUGGUUGCGCUCGACUACGUAGCGAAGGCGGGUCUCCGGUGGAUCGGGAAUUGCAACGAGCUCAAUGCCGGAUACGCGGCUGAUGGCUACGCCCGGGUCCAUGGCAUCUCGGCGCUGAUGACUGUCGCCGGGGUCGGGGAAUUGUCAGUCUCCAAUGCCAUCGCCGGAGCGUACGCCGAGUACGUCCCGAUCGUGCACAUUGUGGGACAGCCGAGCUUGGCCUUGCAGAAGCAGAAGAAGCUGCUGCAUCACUCCCUGGGCGAUGGGGACUUCGAGAGCAUGACCCGCAUGUCGCAAAGGACGGCCUCGAAGAGCGUCAAGCUCCAAUGCGUCAGCCAGGCACCGGGACUCAUCGACGAAGCGAUCAGUCACUGCUGGAAGUCCAGCCGACCCGUCUCCAUCGUCUUACCCACGGACAUGGUGCAUGCUCCCGUCAUGGCCGAGCAGCUCUCGCGGCCGCUGGACAUGCUGCCCUCGCCCAACGAUUCCGCGACGGAGCGGUGGACCGCCGAUGCAAUCUUGCGCGCACUUGGAACCGCCCGGCAGCCCGUCCUUUUGGUCGGAGGGUACAAUGUCCGGUUCACGAAGAGGCAAGAGGUGCAGGAGUUGGCAGAAGCCUUCGGACUGCCAGUCUUCCUGUCUGCCUCGGGCAGGGGCAUUAUUGACGAAGAACAUCCCUGCUUCCAUGGACUGUAUCUCGGGGACUGCUCCGAUCCGUCCACCACCCGGAGAGUACGCUCGUCCGAUUUGAUUAUCUCCGUCGGCAAUAUUCAUUCGGAUUUGAACGUCGCCUCCGUGUCGUGGGAGUUUGAUCCCCUGAAGAUGGUCGAGAUCCGCGAUGGGACGGUGCAAGUCCGAGGCAAGGCUUACCACGGGCUGAACAGUCAGGGACUUCUGCAGACUCUCGUCCGCCGAGCAGAAGAGUUGAGUCAGUCUGCCCGACGAAGCCCCGUGGCUACUGUGCAGCCUAGCACAUCUGCAAGCCCACACCCGAUCUACGCACCCCCCCCGAUGACUCCCACGACUGUCGACCGCGAGGCGAUCUACGGCGGCGGGCUGAUGAUGAUGCAAGGGAUGCUGAAACGUAUGUCCCAUACGCUGAGCUACAGAAAGACGACCGGGGCGCUGAACCACGACUGGCUCUGGCCGGCCCUGAGUGAAUGGCUGCAACCGGGGGAUACGGUUAUCGCCGAGACUGGCACCUCCAAUUUUGGCAUCUGGUCCACCCGGUUUCCUCGCGAUGUGACCUAUAUCAGCCAGUAUGUCUGGGCGAGUGUAGGCUAUUCCCUGGGCGCCUGCCAGGGGGCUGCAGCGGCCGUCCAGGAUUCCGCCCUGCCCGAUCGACGCACUGUCCUCUUCAUCGGCGAUGGCAGUUUUCAGUUUACGUGUCAGGAGUUGAGCACGAUCGUCAAAAAUCAUCUGACCCCGAUCAUAUUUGUGAUCUGCAACAAUGGCUACACGGUGGAGCGGCUGAUCCACGGAUGGCAUGAAUCGUACAAUGACGUUCAGGAAUGGAAAUAUCGACAGCUGCUGGAGGUGUUUGGGGCGGAGCCAGGGUCCUAUCAGACAUAUCAGAUCCGCACCAAGGAGGAACUGGCGGCGCUUCUGCAGGAUUCGGCGUUCAAUCAUGGGCGAAUGCUUCGGUUUGUCGAAUUACAUAUGGAUCAGAAUGAUGCCCCCUCGGAGCUGAAAACCCUCACCCAGCAACUCGUGACACGGGAGACGCAUCCGCAUACGCAUACGUAUCCACCAGACACCAGGAGACAAGGAGGACCUAGUGACUAA